UGCGCAUGCGCUGCCGAGAGCGCCCAGGGUACUGAGUGUCUGUGACUCUUGAGGGCGGGCGAGCCGGGUUGAGGUGGAGGCGGUUGCUGCCAUGUUGUUCUCUGUUCGUUUUCGGACUGCCUUUCCACGCCUGGUGACAAAUAUUCGUUGCCUUUAUACAUCAGCAGAACGCAGAAGUAGUGGUGGAACUUUGUUUGUGCACAGAGAUACUCCUGAAAACAACCCAAAUACCCCAUUUGAUUUCACUCCUGAAAACUAUAAGAGGAUAGAUGGAAUAGUAAAUAACUACCCAGAAGGACAUAAAUCUUCGGCAGUAAUCCCAGUCCUGGAUUUGGCUCAAAGACAACAUGGAUGGCUACCUAUAUCAGCUAUGAAUAAGAUUGCUGAGAUUCUACAAAUGCCUCCUAUGAGAGUUUAUGAAGUAGCAACAUUUUAUACAAUGUUUAAUCGUAAGCCUGUUGGGAAAUAUCAUAUUCAAAUCUGCACUACCACACCUUGCAUGCUUCAAGAUUCAGAUAGUAUAUUAGAAGCCAUUCUGAAGAAGCUUGGUAUAAAAGUAGGGGAAACUACGUCUGAUAAACUUUUCACUGUAACUGAAGUUGAAUGUUUGGGAGCUUGCGUAAAUGCACCAAUGGUACAAAUAAAUGACAACUAUUAUGAAGAUCUGACAACAAAAGACAUUGAAAACAUAAUUGAUGAACUGAAAGCUGGAAAUAUUCCAAAACCUGGACCAAGAAGUGGACGUUUCUCUUGUGAACCAUCUGGUGGUCUGACUUCUCUGACACAACCACCCAAGGGACCUGGUUUUGGAGUUCGGUCAGAUCUUUAAAACUAUUGCUCUAAGUGUAAAAAUAUUGAAAAAAUAAAUUCUAAAAUAUGGACGAUGGAAA